GGUUUCCGUGUAUCUAUAUCCUUGGGAUUAGUUAUAAGUACUACAUUAAUAGUAGUAUUAGGAAACUAUUGGAAAAGAAGAAAGUAUUCUCGAGAAUCUGCUCCAGUUAUCAAACAUUAUUCCUACGAUAAAAGAAAAGCUAAUGUUGAUGUACCUUCAGUUUCUAGUUUUCGAAUUUUUAGAACUAGUCAUAGAUCAUUAAGUCCAAGCAUCAAAUCCACCAAUAGGCAAACAUCUGUGAUAUCUUCAACUCAAGAUUCUCCAAGCCAUUGUAAAUCUUCGGAAGUUAAGUAUACUGCACCUCAACAACUAGGUGUAAUGGGAAUGGAAUCAUUAGCUUGUAGUAUAUCGUUUUGGGAAGACGCAUUGAUAGCUUUUUCCGGCAAUAAUUCAACAAUGGUAUCCAAUAAACUUAUGUCUACUGAAGAUUCUCAAUUUUGUAAGGAACUUCAGCUAUUAGUGGAUUCUGCUUAUUCAUUGCAAGAUCAAUGUCAAUUACUUUUCUUAGAUCAAAGGUCAGUAUUAUUUCGUGUUCAACAAAAUAGAAAUGGAGACACAUUGAAGUUUGAUGAUCGUCGUUCUUCAGUAGAUAGUUUUGUAUCAGCACGCACAGAUGUAAGCUAUGUAUCUUGUAUUAGGAGUCUUAAUU